UCUACAUCUCAACACUAAAACACUCAGAUUUUGCUUAGUUGAUGCGUGCUCCCUCCAAUCGCAUAAGCCAUGCACAAAGAUCAACUCCUCCUCCUCUUUCUCCUCCUCCUUCUACCUCGUUCUUUUAGUAUCUCCGUUAAAAAUAAUCAGUGCAAUGCCUUUUGUGGUGAGAUCGCCAACAUAAGCUAUCCAUUUCGACUGAGGGGCUAUCCGAAGGUUUGUGGCAACCCUAACUAUGAGCUAGCCUGCGUCAAUAACCGCACUAUUCUUGAUUUGUACUCGAGGCAGUACCAUGUAAGUUCCAUCGACUAUACCAACUACACAAUUAGGGCUGCUGAUGUUGAGCUGCAAAAAGGCAAUUGCUCGUCUCUUCCUCUCCGCUCUUUUUUAUGCCACAGCUUCUUCAAUGACAAAUCAGAUCGGUAUAGAUGCGAGGGAUACAUGUCCAAUAAUGUGGAGUUAUCCAAGACAGUUUCAAUUGUGAACUGCAUGAAGCCGGUUGCUUCUCGGUUAUAUAUUGAUGCUUCGCCAUGCCUUGAUAGGGUCGAAUUUUCAAAAUUUUCCGGUACAAGAAGGCAAUUAUAUGCCAUGGUCGAUGCGAAUGUCUCAAAUGUGGAAAGUGCAUGCACGAUAGAGCAUAUGGCGAUGAUACCAGGGUGGUCUGAUGGAGACAAUCUUCAUUCCUAUGCGCAAAUUCAUGAUCUAAUGGUUUAUGGGUUUGAGCUUUCAUGGUUUCCAAUUGCCUGUAAGACGUAUUGCAAAGGUUAUUUCGUUUGCGACAUCAAUUCCGAGCACCAAAUACAGUGCAAGAGCAAGAAAUAUAUCGUCUACCUCGCCGAUAUUGUCUGGGUUAUUGAACUGAUCUCGCUCUAUAGCAUCGGUUACACUUGUUACAAACUCAAUAUGGAUUGCGGAAUAGGGAUCGACCCUUACCUUGAUGCGAUGCUCGCACCCUUCGGCAUCGGUAACAUUACUGUAGUCUUCUCAUUGUGA